AUGCCUGCCGCAAAAACUGCCUUUGAAAACCUUCAUCGUCAAUUGCUCAUCAACACAAAAGCUGCGGCUAAGAAACAGAAUGCGCAAGAUCUUAAGAAACGCAUUGCACUUUUGUCAUACCAACGUAUCAAUGCCAUAAAGGAAAGAGAUGUUUCCAAGACCUCUGAAUUGACUAAGAAAUUGGAGGAGGUGAAGAAGCAAACGGAGGAUCCCCAGGUGGAGGUUGAUCCAAAGCUUUUAGAAGGUGUCAAGGCUGCUCAGCAAUCUGGUCAUAGUGUGGAGCACAUUAACGACAUUGCAAACUAUCUAAGUUAUCAGAGGACUUAUAAUGAGCUUAUUGAAAGAUAUAACCCAGGGUUGAGUAUGACACAAGAGGACAAAAUAAGAAAAACCGCACACCGUGUUGGUUUUGAACUCCCAGAUAAGGAGUAA